CACACACAGUGUUUAGGGCAUAACACUGUGCUGAUGCAGGGCAGCUAUCACACACACACACGCACACGUAUAUCCCUGACGUCCUGUGCUUUACAUGUACACAAUAAGGAGGAGUUUUUCUUCAAGGUCAAACGAAAGACAGAUAUGUCGAUGUGCACUUCCUGGGUGUCGCAUCCAGCACAUAUCCACACACACUGUUCACCUGAACGACAUCAUAUCCUGUGGAACAAGGAGACAGGAGGCGGGAAAGAUGAGCCGUUUCGCACUGCUCGUUCUCCUGACAGUUCUCAUUGAACUCUUCAGUCGAGCUGAAGCAGAUCCAUUUGUUUACAACUAUGACAGGCUGAAGAUUGGAGGCAUCGUGUUCACAGUCCUGCUCAUAGUCGGAGCGAUUGUAUUCCUUUUCUAUGAUAAAUGCAGCACAAACAAGAAACGUGACGAUGCUGCAGAUCAGAUUUAAACACAUCAUCGCAUCAGACUGUGAAUUGAGGAAGUUCUGCAGUUUGUGGUGGAACGAGCCCAGUGAGGUUUUUUUUUUUUAUGGUAGCUGGUAAAAUCAGGCCUGUUGGAUGCAGAGGCUCGAUUCAAGGAUGAAACAUUUCACUCUGAAGUUAUUUAUCUUUCUCUUUUGCACUGAAUAAAAUAAUCUGGAGUCUUCAUCUGUCGAAACUCCUUUUAAAAUCUUUUAGAGGGGUUUAUAAAUAGUUCAGGGUUACAUACAGAGUGAAUAAAGCAGGGAAAUGUUUUACUGUACAGACAUUUAGAAAUGUUUUAGAACUCCAGUCUGUAGUCGGCUUCAAGGAACAUCACAGCAGAUUAAACCUGCAGGGUGAUUUAA